GAAAUCAGCAGCGACUUCGACAUCGACAUCGACGGAGGGCAUUUCGAUCGGAUCGGAAUCAAAUCUUAGCAGACAGUCGAAGGCAACGCGUCGACACUUAACGCGAUAUAACUACCAAAUCAAGUUUGCCAAAAAAAAAAAAAAAGAAGUAACAAAUUAAUUUGCGUGUCCGCGUUUCCCACAAACAAAAACAUAUAUCGUUUUUUUUUAUGUUUGUUUAAAUUGCAUUAUCGAAAGUUCCCGAAAAAAAGUUCCCAAAAAACUUCCCAACAAGAGACUUCCCAUUUAACGCGAGUGAACAAGAAAUAUCCUGCUUGGGGAAAUUUUUGUGCGAAAUUUCCAGCCAACGAUUUUUAUGUAAAUGACGACAGCUGACUGUCCGCUCGACGUUAGCACAACGGCCAGCGCAGGGAAUCCAACGGUACCGCUACCGCCGCCCGUGGAGCGACGUCAUCAUACAAACAGAAUCUGGUGGCUACUGACGCUCACCCUGGUCAUCAUGUGUGAGCUUCAGCAAUUCGCUGGAGGUGGCGGUGGCGGUGGUGGUGGUAGUGGUGUCUUUGGUGUAGCCGCAGCUCCCACUCCCACAGAGACUUCCUCCGUGGCAAAGCGCCUGCAAAAGCGGCAUGGACACCCGCCGGCCACCUUUCGAGAGCGUUUCCAGCUGGAGCUGAAUGCCAGCAAUGCCAAGUUGGAUUGGGUGAACACAUGCGGCGGCAAGUGGCAUGCAAGGAGGACGCAGAAUAAGCGUACCUCCAAUGUCUGCAAGAAGCGACAAAUGGCCCUUCAAAGCCUGCAGAAUCAGACCGGCAGGGAGCUGAGAACCCUGCAGGCCGAGGACAAAUCCAGGAACACCACCAACUCGAUCAGGGAGGUGGGCACUGGCACCAACAAGGCCAUCAAUAUCUCCAAGCUGCGCAAGUGGGAGUUCCACAGGCAGCACUACAAAUUCCUGCCAAGGCUGAAUGAUAGCAGCAAGCAGCUGAACCUGCGCCACGUCCACCGCGAUCUGCAGUUCUACGUGGCCGCCUUCAGCUACCUGAGGCACGCCAAGCUCCACUGGGACUACGUCAACUUGCAGGCGGAAAGCGCCAUGUCGGCGGAUCUCAAGCGUAUGCGGACCACCGCCGGACGGGUGCUCUGCAAUGUGGAGAUGGCCAUUAAUGCCACCGCCCAACGGCGCCAACGGCAGUCCUUCAAGGUAGUGCCGCUGGCCCUGAUGGAGAAGCGGCUGCAGCAGUUCAAGACGCCGCUGGUCCAGCUCCAUCAACAGGCCAGCCUGGCAGCUCGCAAUGAGGCAGUGGAGCCGCCCCCACAGUCCGCCAAGCUGCCGGUGGAUGCGCUGUUUGCCAAAUACGAGUUUGUGCAGUAUCUGAAGAGUGUCCGGCGGAUAUUGGCCCGGCAGAGGCAGCAGCUCAAGUGCCGGAAGAAGCCAGAGGCGGCGGCAACGAAGAAGCCGCUCCAGAACUAGGCCUAAAGAUAACAAUAGAAACCUCCAUUCCACAACGAGGCUCAUUCCAUUCCACACAUACACAAACAUCCCUAAUUUAUUGAACACACAUCCCGCCCCCUAUUUAUUACCCUCACACGCCACACCACGAAUACCACUCACGGGGAGUCCCCAUGGAGGAGUCCCACAGGCUAUGACAAAACCGAAUAAGUAGAGAGAACAAUUACCCAAAAACCGAAUGAAGCGGAGCCUAGGCUCAGUCUAUUUGUAAUCUAUUUUUUUUUUUUUUUAUAAUUAUAAACUCUAAGUACCAUUGUAUUAUUUAUUACGAGAACUCGCCGAACACUCUGCCGCACACAUUCCACUAGAUACUAAGUGCGAUCCGAACGAUCGGUGGCUACAUUUGCCUUGUAUUACGACGCUGUGAUAGUAGAUGUUUAAAGUGAACACAAUCCAAUGCUGCGAACGCUCCACGAAGGCCACAAAAUUAUAUACACAAAAAACAAACGCACACACAGAUAUAUCUCCCCGACUGUAUACACGGGUCCUAUGUACUUUAGCUAACAUAUUUUUA